UUCCCAUUUCAAAGGUCGCAUCUCGGUGUUUUCGACGAGUCAUUGAACGCAACACGGGUCUGCAGAAACGGUGGGAGGAGCUGCAGAGGAAGGUGAACUAAUGUUCACCGAAUCUUAGCGCUCAGUGUUCACAAACAAGCCAGUGUCAGCGCGGCGCAGGACGGCUGCAGGAAGAUAAACAACAACAACAACAAAGCUGCUAUUUUUAGAUUGUUCUUGCAGCUUCUCUGGUUUAAUCAAAACAGACAGGAGGGCUCCACCAGGGUCCCGUUAAUCCACCAGCGGCAGUAUGAACGCGGUUCCAGGAUAAGCAGUGGAUCCCCAUGUCUGUCAGUGGUUUCCUGGCUCUGCUGCUGGCCUUGUCGCCCGGCGGCCAGCUGCUCGUCUCGGGCGCCGGGAACUCCAGCACCCAGCCCGGCGUCGGAUUAGCUGGAGCGACAGGUUUUGCCACGAUGUCUGGAAGCAGCGACGAGUGUGACCGUGUGAUGAACUACAGCGCUGCAGAGCGAUGUGCGUUCGUGAAGAGGACGCCGGACUGCUCCAUGGAGGACGGCUUCAUCAACUACCUCAGACUGGCCUUCUGCUUGCUGCCUCCCAACCUCACUCCUCUCACCAUCACCCUCUGUAUUGUUUGGCUGCUCGUCUUGUUUCUCAUUCUUGGACUUGCUGCCUCAAAGUUUUUUUGCCCCAACCUGUCGGCCAUCUCCUCCACUCUUCGCUGCUCUCACAACGUGGCUGGUGUGACGUUUCUUGCUUUGGGAAAUGGAGCUCCAGACAUCUUCAGUGCCAUGGCAGCAAUCUCCCAUCCGCACACUGCUGGGCUGGCUGUCGGAGCCCUGUUUGGAGCUGGUAUAUUUGUCACCACAGUGGUUGCAGGAAGUGUCGCACUGGUGAAACCAUUUGCCGUGGCUUCUCGUCCGUUUCUGCGUGAUGUCGUCUUCUACAUGAUUGCAGUGUUUUGGACCUUUGACAUCCUCUACAGAGGCACUACAACCCUGGGAGAGACACUGGGAUACCUGUUUCUCUAUCUGGUUUAUGUUCUGACCGUUCUUAUCAGUUCAUGCAUCUAUAACCGGCAAAAAAAUUCUGCUACAAACGACAUCCAACACGCUCCACAGAUUCCAGCAGAGCUGAACUCGUCUGACUCCUCUGAUGAUGACGAUGUUCCCAGCAUGAGAGGCGGGACGAUCCAGGAGGAAUACGAAUCUGAGUACAGGCCGCUUCUGCCCUACUCUGAGUCCACAAGUGAAAUCCUGCUGAGUUCUUUGAAUCCGGUGGACAACAGGAAGUGGAGAAGGAAACCGUGGACCUGGAAAGUUGUUAAAGUAGUGAAGACUCCACUGGAGGUGCUGCUCCUGCUCUGCGUCCCUGUGGUGGACCCGGAUAAAGAAGAUAGAAACUGGAGGAGACCGCUCAACUCCCUCCAUAUGAUCACUGCUCCUCUGCUGUGUGUCCUCGUCUUCCAGUCUGGAGCAUAUGGAGGCGUCAUGAUCCAGGGGGAGUUUCCUGUCUGGCUGCUGAUUCUCCUGCUGGGAAUGUUUGUGGCUGCUAUCGUUUUCUGCACCACUGCCAAUGACCAUCCUCCCAAAUAUCACCCUCUUUUUGCAUUUUUGGGCUUUGCGGUGAGCGCGGUGCUGAUUAGUGCCGCAGCGUCAGAGGUGGUCAGUCUUCUGCACAUGCUCGGUGUGGUGUUGAGACUCAGCAACACCGUGCUGGGCUUGACUCUUCUGGCCUGGGGCAACAGCAUCGGAGACCUGUUUUCUGACAUCACCAUUGCCCGGCAGGGAUACCCACGCAUGGCCAUAGCUGCUUGCUUUGGAGGGAUCAUUUUCAACAUGCUGUUUGGAGUCGGGUCGGGAUGUCUGAUGCAGAUGUAUGAAACGCACUCUUCUGUGCAGUUUGAGUCGGAGGGCUUGUUGACGUGGAUUCUUGCAGGAGCUCUGGGUUUGUCUUUGGUCCUGUCUUUUCUCAUCGUUCCGCUCAGCCAGUUCCACUUGGGUCGGUCCUACGGCAUCUUCCUCCUCAUCUUCUACUGCAUAUUUCUUCUCAUUGCACUUCUCACAGAGUUUGGGAUAAUCCACACUUGAGCUCAUAGCGGUGACGUCAUCUUCUGCUUGUAAAAAUAAGCAGUAAUGUACUCUGUUGCAUUUACUUGAUCGGACUCUCCUGUGUUUAGUCUGUGAAACUAAGUAGCUAAAGACUCCUACAAGAGCUCAGGGUGGACUAAAACCAAUCACAUUGUGCCUUUUAUUUGUUUCUCUCUCCAUGUCUUGGAGCUGGGAUAUUAGGAUCCAGCUCAUGUUGUACAAGGUCAUUAUGUAAAAUACUGUAAAUUUUC